AUGGGUCCUAGGCCGGGCCAGAAGACGGUGCUUAUCACCGGAUGCACCCCGGGUGGCAUUGGCCAUGCCUUAGCCAUGGAAUUCCACGCCAAGGGCCUACACGUCUUCGCAACGGCGCGCAACCCGGCAGUCCUCGCCGAAAUGGCGGCCGUGGGCAUGACCACGCUAGCCUUGGACGUCACCAAGGCAGACAGCAUCAAGACCUGCCACGACGAGGUCUCCAAGCUCACCGGCGGCAAGCUGGACAUUCUCGUCAACAACGCCGGCCGCACCCACACGCACCCGGCGACCGACAUCGACAUGGACGACGUGCGCGAGACGUUCGAGACCAACGUGUUCGGCGUGAUGGCCAUGUGCGCCGGCUUCGCCGACCUGCUGAUCGCCGCGCGGGGGCUGAUCAUCAACAUCGCCUCGCUGGCCGCCAUCACCCCUUACAUCUUCGGCUCCGUCUACUGCGCCACCAAGGGCGCCGUGACGGCCUACUCGCGCACGCUGCGCCUCGAGCUCAAGCCGUUCGGCGUGCGCGUCAUGGUCGCCAUGACCGGCACCGUCCGCUCGCAGAUCGCCAGCCGCCCGCACCGCUCCCUGCCCGAGGGCAGCAUCUACCAGCGCGUGCGGGCGCUGUUUGAGCGCCGGUUGACCUUCAGCCAGAACACGGCGACCGUGGAUACCGGGGCGUAUGCGCGCAAGCUGGUCGGCAAGGCGCUCGCGCCGGAGUGGCCGCUGCUGUUCCGCACGUGGUUCGGGCGGCCCGACUGGUUCUGGGGCGGCGGCAUGGCGGGCCCCGCGUGGCUGUCGACCUGGUUUGGCGAGUGGAUCCUGGAUUUUGUCUUGUACCGCAUGAUUGGGAUGCCGCUGCUGGAGAGGGUGUUGAGGGAGGAGGAGAUGCUGAAGAAGUUGGAGUGA